UUUCUCCUCCCUUUACCUUAUCUCCCGUACUAGUGCUUGCCAAGUCCCAGGUGUCCACACACUGUAGAAUGUCAGGGAGCUGGCAGACUCUGGACCUGUAAUUACCAAAGGUUGUCUGGGGACACAUAAUAUGCAGGUCCCUUCAUUUUGCCUCUUUUGUCUAAAAAUGAAAUUCUAGUAAGCGUCACUUUCGGUGUUGUUACUUUUAAUGAGUGAGUCAUUCCGAAUUUGAAGCCUCUACCUCUUCGUGUGAGAAUUAGUAAAAUAAGGAACCCUAAACCAUUUUAAUUUGGAACAGAAAGACACUAUGAAAACUGAGGUGUUGCUGCUGGAAUUGGUAAAAACACAACUUAAACCUUCUUUUUAGGAAGUUUUGAGACCAAAGACCAUAAUAAAGCACACUUAGGAGCUUGCUUCAAGAGAAUGUUGUCCCUAAUCCACACGUCUCCUUACUACUUUUUAGUGUGCCUUUAUAAACUCCUUCACCAUCUGACCAAGACAUUUCCUAAUGACCAGGGCCAACAAUUUGGCUUUAUCCCAUUCUCAUUUCAUAAGCAAUGAAUGGCACGGCUGCAACACCAUGAAAUUAAUUCCUAGAAGUCACAAAACAAGAUUUUGACACAAGGGGAUGUCCCUCACUUAGGUUCCCUUCUGGAUAAGAUACCGGAGGCCUUGGUGCAGGGAAUUCUUGAGAGAAAACAAUAGGAGGAUGAGGGAUUGUGACGGGCUUUCUCCCCCACUGAAGAAAAACAUCAAUAACCCUGUUGACAGCGUAAAGCAGUGCUUCUAUCUGGGGUCAAGGCCAGAACAAUGGACACCUUAUCCCACUCAUCCUCUUCCUCUGAUAAAGCCCCAACCAGUACUGUUAAGUCUUUUUUCGUAAGAGCCUAGUGACCUUUUUCAAAAACUGCUUGAAAAAGAAGAGACGAAGGACAACUGGAAUUAAGAGGAUUUCCAGUCUGUUGCGGUGGCUGGUCUAGAAGAUGUCUCAAUUCCUGCUUCUCACCUGCGUCUUUCUCACCAUCACACCUGCAUCACCAAUGGCCCUAGAUCCCUGCUCUGCUUACAUCAGUUUGAAUGAGCCAUGGAGGAACACCGACCACCAGUUCGAUGAGUCUCAAGGCGCCCCUCUAUGUGACAACCACGUGGAUGGGGAGUGGUAUCGCUUCACAGGCAUGGCAGGGGAUGCCAUGCCCACCUUCUGCAUACCUGAAAACCAUUGCGGAACCCAUGCACCUGUCUGGCUCAAUGGUAGCCACCCUCUAGAAGGUGAUGGCAUCGUGCAACGCCAGGCCUGCGCAAGCUUCAGCGGGAACUGCUGCCUCUGGAACACCACGGUGGAGGUCAAGGCUUGUCCGGGCGGCUACUACGUAUAUCGUCUGACCAAGCCCAGUGUCUGCUUUCAUGCCUACUGUGGUCAUUUUUAUGACAUCUGUGAUGAGGACUGCCACGGCAGCUGCUUGGACACCAGUGAAUGCACGUGCUCUCCGGGAACUGUGCUAGGCCCUGACAGGCAGACAUGCUUCGAUGAAAAUGAAUGUGAGCAAAACAAUGGUGGCUGCAGUGAGAUCUGUGUAAAUCUGAAAAAUUCGUAUCGCUGUGACUGUGGGGUUGGCCGUGUGCUAAGAAGUGAUGGCAAGACGUGUGAAGACAUUGAAGGAUGCCACAAUAACAAUGGUGGCUGCAGCCAUCUUUGCCUUGUGUCUGAGAAGGGCUAUCAGUGUGAAUGUCCCCGGGGCUUGGUGCUGUCUGAGGAUAACCACACAUGCCAAGUCCCCGUGUUGUGCAGGUCAAAUACCAUUGAAGUGAGCAUCCCCAGGGACCUGGUUGGCGGUCUGGAGCUCUUCCUGACCAACACCUCCUGCCGAGGAGUGUCCAACGGCACCCACGUCAACAUCCUCUUCUCCCUCAAGACGUGUGGCACAGUGGUCAAUGUGGUAAAUGACAAGAUCGUGGCAAGCAAUCUUGUGACAGGUCUACCCAAGCAGACCCCAGGGAGCAGCGGGGACAUCAUCAUCCGAACCAGCAAACUGCUGAUCCCAGUGACCUGCGAGUUUCCACGCCUGUACACCAUUUCGGAAGGCUACGUUCCUAACCUUCGAAAUACCCCACUGGAAAUCAUGGGCCGCAGUCAUGGAAUCUUCCCAUUCACUCUGGAGAUCUUCAAGGACAAUGAGUUUGAAGAGCCUUACCGGGAAGCUUUGCCCACCCUCAAGCUUCGAGACUCCCUCUACUUUGGCAUUGAGCCUGUCGUGCACGUGAAUGGCUUAGAAAGCCUAGUGGAGAGCUGCUUUGCCACCCCCACCUCCAAGAUCGAUGAGAUCCUGAAGUACUACCUCAUCCAGGAUGGCUGUGUUUCAGAUGACUCAGUGAAGCAGUACACAUCACGAGACCACUUAGCAAAGCACUUUCAGGUUCCUGUCUUCAAGUUUGUGGGCAAAGACCACAAGGAAGUGUUUCUGCACUGCCAGGUCCUUGUCUGUGGAAGGCUGGACGAGCAUUCUCGCUGUGCUCAGGGCUGCCACCGGCGAAUGCGUCGUGAGGCAGUAGAGGGAGAGGAUACAGCUGGUUUGCAGAGCCAGAUGCUGACUGGCGGCCCGAUCAGCAUCGACUGGGAGGACUAGGACCACCCAACACCCGAGUGCUGGCUUUGGGCCACCCACCUCUUUGGAACUUCUCCCUACGCCCUCUGAGAGCACCAAUCAACACCCUAAAACAUGGCGCUUCUUUGAACCUUAUACUGUGGGUUUAGACAGACUCCCGGAACUGACUCAUUCUGACUCCGGCUGCUGGGUCAGGAAAGGCCACCUCACUGCUGACUGAUCCAACCCAUGGGCUUCAUCUUCCCAACGUCGAAAGCUAUGCUGUCCCUGCAAGAAAGCAGCUCACCCUGCUCCCCACAUUUCCUUCCUACAAUAAAACACCUCGUGUAGGAUGCAAUAGGACCACUAAAAUCAAAAGUCGGGCAUGCUCUUCUGAAAUAUAAACUUAAAACAAAUUAAAUGGUUGCUUGAAAUUAUGACCUAAAUACCCAGCAACUCCUUAAAUAUGUAAAUAAUAAUCAUUCCCUGAAAUUUCAACUCAAACGCAGAGUAGUUAUAGGAGAUUCGGAAGUUUAUCAGUAUAAGUGUGUACUAAAAAAUAUUAUUUGAUUUUCCUCUUGCACAGUGUUUUCUUUUGAUAUUUUUAUAUUACGUGAAAUGUUUUCAAUUAAUAAAUAUUAAUAAAUGUAUCGACAUGCAUUUAAGUGGUUCAAUGACUGAACUGUAGACAAAAUUAAAAUUUGGUACCAUAUGUCCUGUUAUUUGGCAUUCUAAGCCCUCAGACUGAUAUGGCAAUUAAAAAGUGUAAAUUAUACCAUGCUCUAUUUUGUAGGUAGGUGCUUAAUACAGUUUAUUAAAGUAAAUAUUAUAAAUCACAGAGAUAAAUUUUAUAUGCAAUGAAAUCCAAUUUCUUAAUAUGCCAAUUAUUUUUAUGGCUUUACAUAAGAUCAGGAAACAGUUUUUCUUCUUUUUCUUUUUUGAAAUGGCUAUAAUCAACAGUUCUUAAUGCAACCAGUAAAAUUAACAAACGGAAGUGAAAGGACAGAAUGACCUAGAUCAAGAAUUGGCCAGCUUUUUUUGUCAAGAGCCAAAUGGUAAACAUUUUAGGCUUUCUGGCUAUACAGUCUGUCACAACUGUUCAACUCUGAGGUUGUAGCACAGGAGUGACCGUAAACAAAUGAGAAUAUGGUUGUGUUCCAAUAAAACGCCACAGAAGCAGUGUUAGACCUGAUUUGGCCCAUGAGUUUCAUUUGCUGAUCCCUGAUCUUAGUGGACCUCAGUCCUCCCAGUGCAUCAAGAUCAGGUGGGGAGCACUCAUAAAACACCUACAGGUAGAUACCACCCCCAGAGGGUUUCUGCUUUUUAAUACUCCUUUGGUGAUUCUAAUCUGCAGUCAGUAUUGAGAACCAGAGUUUAGCAACUGACCAUUUGUGUGUCCUCAGAUUUCAGGGACUUCUCCUAGCUAUCUUCAGUGGCAAUUUUUACGAAAUGCUUCUCAGAUCCUACCAUGACACUAACACCACUUAGUAACUGGGAAUAUCAACAGGAAUAAUUCACUGAAGGAAAAAAAUGGAACCUCAGAGACCUAACUCCAUCUGACCUCCACCUCCACUGGUCUUCACCAAGUAAGUCUCUGACCUUUCCCACUUGUUCUUAUCUCUCCAGCACCAGUGGGAAUGAUUGUUAUCAUUGGUGGAACUUACCAGGUUGGGUUCUGUUCUCUUCUAAGUGAAAUGGAAGCACAUUGGUGAUAAUGGAAUUCAUUCAUCUCUUUUCAUAUUUCCUAAAAAGAACACUUUAUUAAAUGUGAGAUGCUUACUGGCAACUGAAACAUGAAUCAGAGGAAAGUCCUUGCCUCCCAAAUGGUUGGAUGCUGCAAAAUUUCCCUUAUGAAUAUAAUUACCAAGUCCGAGAAUCCCAAUAUUUUAGUCUUUAUUUUAGUCUUUAAACUAAGAACUGAAUUGCCAGGCAAAUGUUUCUUGGUUGGGGAGACCAUUGGUAAAAUAAAGAGUAGUCUUCAAAUCACUCCAUGUCUUUUUUCCAGUUCUCCCAAAGGAUGGGACUCAUGUUUCAGCUGUAGAACAAUAUUUCCUUUCUCUUGCUUUGUGUUAUCCAAACAUUUGGAAGCAAGGAUGAGACACAUCUGCCAUACUACCAUCUCUGAGACUGACAGCUGUGGCAUCACUCAAAACCAGGAAGGGAUCACCUCUUUCUCAUAACUCUUCUUUCUCCUCUUCUGCACAGAUGCAGGCUGCCCUUUGGCUAUUCAUGAAAGGUCGGCAGCCCAAGGUCCAUACGGUAUUGAACACAGUAUCAGCCAGAGAAUCACAGGCUACUUGAAAAGGAUGAAGAGGAAAAAAAAAAAA